AUGAGUGCUUUUAAAGGAAAGAUAAGGGCUGUGUGCUCCAGACGACUCAAACAAAUCACCGUAGUGUUAACAUGUGUUAUCCUAGUGUUAGUGUAUCAUUUUGCAUCGACUACAACACUGUAUUUCCAUCCGCAGGAUAUAACACAAUGGGUGUUAUCCAUUCCACACAAUACGUCACAAACGUCGUCGUUGACGUUACAGGAUUUUCAAAAUACGUCAUCAAAUAACGUUCAGUUGACGUCACCCAUACGUUCUUUACCGGCUUUAAGUAAAUAUACCAUGACACUAACUCUGCGCCUUACGUCAACCAAACACUUAACCGAGUUUUUAUAUUGCCAAGCCUUGCGAAGUACAGCUUUAUAUUGGAGUAAACGGUUAGGAAAUGUGGCCUUGAUUUUUGAUGCUGAAAAUCCAAAUGAUAAAUAUCUCGCCGAAAAUUUGAAGAAACACCAGUCUCAAAUGGGAAUAAAUUUUGUGUUUGUAUAUGAAAAUUUACCCGAAGAUCAAUCCAUUUUAUCCAAUACAAUUCACCGUAAUCCUGGAUAUAACCGUCAAGUUUAUUCUAGUUUCUUUAUGGAUCUGUACAUCAAUACGUCUAUAAUUGCCUGGACGGAUACGGACGGACGUUUCACCUCUCCGGUUACAUUGCAGAAUAUCUUUGCUGGUGAUAAACUAAAGGUCAAGGGAAUGAGUGCCUUUCAACAUUCGCAUAUCGCUGGGUGGGCCAGAAUUACCCAGGAAAUGCUCGGGAAGUCACAAGUGUCUGAUUUUAUGGAAUAUUUUCCUGUGUAUAUCUGGAGAGAUACUAUCACUAACUGUCGAAAUCACAUCAUUCAGCAUAUGAAAGUGAGAGAUAUGGAUGAAGCAUUCGUUCGCGUUCUUUCUCGACGUGACAACAUUAGUCCAGUCAACAUCAUCAUGUCUUAUGCUUAUUAUUUUGAAAAACAUCGUUAUGAUUGGCAUAUAAACUUAGAAAAAUACACAUUGGAAAAUUAUAAUAAUAAAUUUGUAUCUAAAGGAUUCGAACUCUUACCUUCUGAUAUCACACCGGACCUACACGUAACUAUUCACCAUAAAUACUAUAAAGACAGAACUCAUACUGUCAACAAGGAGGCUUAUUGUGCCGCCAUUAAAAACACUGCCAUUCAAGUUGAAGCAAAGGUCAAGGCCAUGUGUCAACCAUUUUUAAAUAAAGUCCCGUGGUUACUGUUCAAAUUCAAUACUUGGUCAACACCACAGUAUCUACCAGCUUGGUGUAAAAAUGAAAGUCCCGUAUGUAAAUUAAUAUUAGACAAUCAUUUAAAAAAUGUUCAGAAGGCCAUUACAGAAGGUUUUUAUGACCUUGACCUUAAGAAAGUUUCAGCUGUUGAAUCUGCAGCGCGGGAAUUCGGAUACAGCUGUACGCCAUUUUUUUAA